AUGACCGUCUCCCUCAAUACUGUGCCCCACACCACCUACCAGGACAUCGAGGCUCCAGCUCGUCCACGGGAUGUCGGUAUUCUUGCCAUGGAGAUGUACUUCCCGCGUCGGUGCAUCUCUGAGGAGGAGCUGGAGGAGUUUGACGGCGUGUCCAAGGGCAAGUACACCAUCGGCCUCGGCCAGAAGUACAUGGCGUGCUGCGACGACCGCGAGGACAUCAACUCAUUCGCUCUAACAGCCGUCGUGAACCUUCUCGAGAAGUACAACAUCGACCCUAAGUCGAUUGGUCGCAUUGACGUCGGCACUGAGACCAUCAUCGACAAGUCCAAGGCGACCAAGACUGUGCUCAUGGACCUCUUUGCAGAGGCGGGCAACACCGAUGUCGAGGGCGUCGACUCAAAGAACGCGUGCUAUGGCUCCACUGCAGCGUUGUUCAACUCGGUUAACUGGGUAGAAUCGUCUUCAUGGGAUGGCCGCAACGCCAUCGUAGUUGGCGGUGACAUUGCUAUCUAUGCCGAGGGCACUGGACGCCCUACCGGUGGCGCGGGUGCAUUCGCAAUGCUGGUUGGCCCUAACGCACCCUUGGCAUUUGAGCCUAUCCACGGCUCGCACAUGGUGAAUGCGUACGACUUUUACAAGCCGAAGCUGCACUCGGAGUACCCGGAGGUGGACGGUCCGCUCUCGAUCACGACCUAUGUCUCCGCUAUCGACGCGUCGUACACCGCGUUCCGCCGGAAACACGCCAGGGCACGUAAGACUGCGGCGCUCAAUGGCGCAAACGGCAGCGCGAACGGCAGUGCGAACGGCGACGCGUCCGCGCUCGCUAGCUUCUCGCUCGCGGACAUCGACUACCCUGUAUUCCAUAGCCCGUACGGCAAGAUGGUACAAAAGGCGCACGGCCGUCUCGUCUACAACGACUUCAUGGCGAACCCCACCUCACCGCGCUUUGCCAACGUGCCGAACCCAGAGGCGAUCCUCGCACAGCCGUACAAGGAGUCGCUGACAGACAAGACCCUCGAGAAGGCGUUCAUCGCCGUCGCGAAGGGCGAGUUCGAGAAGACAGUCGAGCUCUCGAUGAGCUGCGCGCGGCGCUGCGGGAACAUGUACACCGCGUCGCUCUAUGGCGGGCUCGCGUCGCUCCUCGCGCGCGUCGACCCCGCGGAGCUCCGCGGGAAGCGCAUCAGCAUGUUUGCGUUCGGCUCCGGCCUGGCCAGCAGCUUCUUCACCAUCCGCGUCAAGGGCGACACGUCCGAGAUCAGGGAGAAGCUCGAUCUCGUGGACCGCCUCGCGUCGAUGAAGGUCGUGCCCUGCCAGGAAUACGUCGACGCGCUUGAGCUGCGCGAGAAGAACCACAACGCGGACUCGUACAUCCCCGAGGGGUCGCUCGACAACAUCUGGCCAGGUGGGUACUACCUCGACAGCAUCGACAGCAAGUAUAGGCGCAAGUAUAUCCGCAAGCCCAAGGCGUAA